GACCGUGGGCGCGCGAGCAUGUGGGGGCUGCUGGCGCGCGCCCGGGCGCCGCUCCUGCGGGCACGCUGGCCAGGUGGGGAGCCCUGCGGCCUCGGGGGCCUCCCUCCCGGCCGCGCCGGCCUGAAGACGCUGCUCCCGGUGCCAGCCUUCGAAGAUGUAUCCAUGCCAGAAAGGCCCAAGCUUAAGUUUGUUGAAAGGGCACCACUCGUGCCAAAGGUAAGAAGAGAACCUAAGAACUUGAGUGAUAUACGGGGACCUUCCACCGAAGCUACUGAGUUCACGGAAGGCAGUUUUGGGAUUUUGGCACUUGGAGGUGGUUAUCUCCACUGGGGCCACUUUGAAAUGAUGCGCCUGACAAUCAACCGGUCCAUAGAUCCCAAGAACAUGUUUGCCAUGUGGCGAGUGCCAGCCCCUUUCAAGCCUAUCACCCGCAAAAGCGUGGGGCAGCGCAUGGGGGGCGGCAAAGGGGCCAUCGAUCACUAUGUGACACCUGUGAAGGCCGGCCGCCUCCUAGUGGAGAUAGGUGGACGCUGCGAGUUCAAGCAGGUGGAAAAUUUCCUGAACCAGGUUGCCCACAAGUUACCCUUCCCAGCAAAGGCUGUGAGCCGAGAAACACUUAAGAAGAUGCAGACAGAUAUGGAGGAAAAAGAACGGAACAACCAGAACCCCUGGACCUUUGAGCGCAUAGCAACUGCCAACAUGUUGGGGAUGCGCAAGGUACUGAGCCCCUACGACUUAACCCAGAAGGGGCGGUACUGGGGCAAGUUCUACCUGCCCCACCGUGUAUAGCGAGAGCACAGGACCACCCGUGCCUCCGUCACUGGGACGGGUCUGUGUUUCUUCGGCUUCCCCUUGGAGUCUCCAAGCGGCUUUGAGAUUGUAACUAAGAGCUGAGUAUGAGUAUGUAAUUUCUGAAAGGCUGUUGUCCACAGAUUCUUUAUUAUUAAAGUUUGAGUGUCACUUAGGA